GAACUGAAGAAAAUUGGACAUCUGGGUCAUCCUAUUGUUAUCGAAUAUUUGCUUCUACCAAGAUCACAGAUUGAAGGGGAUUAUCAGCCUCUUGGUAGUAAGCAGGUUCCAGCGUACUUGAUGGAAAGAUGGAUAAUCCAAUUUCUCCCAAAAAGGCUUGUGACCGACAACUUCUCAGAUGCGUCGAAUCUCUUCCGCGACAUUAACUCCUUUUGUAAGUCAUCAGCGGUAAAUAAAGUGGUACUCCACAAAGGCCAGACCUCCUGCGAUACUCCAGCACUGAGUGAAUUGUGCUGUGUAUGUAGUCGAAUUCUCGCUGACAGCAAAGAGGUCCUCGAUACCAUCGUAACAUGUGCGUGUGAGCUGCCACCAUUUCCACUCAACGAGACUAUUUACGAUUGCCUUCGGUGUCUGCAAAGUGGUACAAUGAGUUUGCCUACAAGGCGAUGGAAUGAGAUGGCGUUGUUUGUUGGUGACGCCGCCGACGCCGAUGCUGACGCCGCCUCACUUGCUGCAAAAUGCUGCUGCAAUGCACCGAAGAGCCCGGUUGUGAUAAUGUCGCAAUGGACCAAACCCACGUCUUUGCCCCAAUCGCCACCCUGUAAAUUGAAGCGCAUGCAAGAGGAUAGUGCACCCCGACGUGCAGCAAGCAACAUCGUCACACACGACGGCCAACAUGUUGUACACUCCAAGUGGGAAUUGUGUGCAGCCUCACUUGUCGGUGGUUUGGAAGGCAAAAAGGGCAUGUGCAGACGCUUCUUCGCACUCGCCGUGCUUCCAUCCACAAACCGGUCUGCCUUUGCAGUCCUCACCCAUACCAAUGAAACAGAGGAGCGCGACUACCUUCCACUUUGGCGACUGCACCUUCAAUUCGCCCUCGGCAAAACUGUGUGGUGCUGUGCGAGUGAGGAGGAGGAGGAGGAGGAGGAGGAGGGGAAGUGUAGUGAGUUGAGCUGUUCCCUCCUCCUCCUCCUCCUCCUCCUGCACGGCUCUCCUGCAAGGCGGGAGGAGGUGCGUGGUGAUGGCGAUGCCAAUUCAUCGAAAAAAACAUCUCUCAGGCCAACAAGUCUGGUGCUGAAGCGUGCAUCAUCAUCAUCAUCACGACGCCCUCGCACAACGAGCGCUUCUACCACCACCACCACCACCACCACCUCGCCUCGUGGAGGAGGUGUGUGGACUGCUGGCGGUGGCGGUGGUGGUGGGCGAGGGGGCGCCUUUACGACGCCUGCAACUCCGCUUCCACCGUCCUCCUCACAACACUUGCUUAUCAAUUUUGAGGCAAGUCUUGUUUUACCCCCACCUCAAAAAAAAAACAAGAAAAGAGGAAAAACGUCCGCUAAUGCUUUUGCCAAAAUGAGAGAAACUUUAAGGUCAGAGAGUAUGCUAAAUGGACGAAUCCCUCCCAAGGGAGUGGUUGAGGGUUUUUCCUUGGGCAUUGGUGCCAGUGGUUCCUUCUUUCCUGUUCACGUAAAAUUGCCUGUUGUGGCGUACUUCUUCCAACUCUCCGACAACGACGACGACGGUGCCACUCCCUCACCCUACCUCGGUCAUGUCGAUCUCACUGGUCUUGCCAACAAACGCGGCUAUCAUGUACCGCGCAAGGGUUUCAUACAGUUGACGCUCUUCAACCCGUCGCAGUCAGUGCUGAAGGUGUUUGUCAUUCAGUACAAUUUGGAGGACAUGCCUGCCAACAGUCAGACAUUCUUACGACAAAGAACGCUCUACAUGCCCACUUCUGACGCCGAUGUCGGCGAUGGUGGUGGUGGUGGUGGGCCAAAUGUGGCCUCCGAUUUGGUGUCGUGUGUGCUUAGGAGGGACAAAGUGGGCAGUCUGAAGGAGCAUCGUCCGCCUUCCGGUGGUGGUGGUGGUGGUGGCACUUCGGAGGCACUGCCCAUCUUUCUGCGCUACGUGGUGCAUCUACGGUUCCAUACAACCAAAUCAAACAACCUCUACCUACACACUGAUAUUCGUCUCAUCUUCGCACGCGACACCUUCGAGUUCGAUCCGCGUGUGGCCACUUACCGAAUGCACGCCUUCAUCGACGGUCCCACCAAUCCACGAUAUUCACCCAAAACCUCCUAA